AUGUCUACUCUAACUAGUUAUUUCGGUUUUUUACUAGCGGCGUUAACUAUAACCUCUGCUUUAUUUAUAGGUCUAAGCAAGAUACGACUUAUUUGA